AUGACGGAAGAGAAUUCAUCGAUUAUCAACACUGUUUCUACCAUCGUCGCCACCACAAAUGACAACAAGAACCCGAUUAACGAUGGAGAGAAGAAGAAGAAGAAGAAAAAGAGAGGCACAUUCAACCUCCUCAAAGCAGCAUUGUUCAUGUUCCGCCACGGAACAACCAGAAAGAAAAACUCCGUUCAAGUAGAGGUGGCUUCAAAUGGCAAUUGGAAGAAAAUUGUGGGAUCAAUGCGGCCCUUGCAUCUCCAUGACAACCCAUCGUCGCCGCCACCACCACCUUCUAUCACUGCCACCACCUCUCCCACCGCUGAACAAUUUGAGGAGGUGAUUCCACCAGACUCCCCCUCUGUCUACUCCGUCUCUGGAGACACCGUGAGCCAGUAUGCUUCGGCAAAUAAUCUCCAAGAGCUUGAUGACGAUGAUGAGGAGGAUGAUCCUGACCAGGUGUUCGAUACAAUUGGUGCAGAUGAGAUGAUCGAUACCAAAGCUGAGUCCUUCAUUGCUCAAUUCUACCAACAAAUGAGGAUUCAAAACUUGGAUUCGGUCAAUCGUCACAAUCUGAUGGUCGCAAAGGGGAAGCGUGAAGAGUAA